AUGAAGCAUCUCGGACCGGUCCAUGAUUUCCUUGGCAUCAAAAUUACUAAAACCAAGGACACAUACUUCUUAUCUCAGCGGCAGUAUGCUACAGCCAUACUUCAGCAAAUGAAUCUUGCUAGCUGCAAACCGCUCGCCAAUCCCACCUGCACCAAAUUCCCGCCCUCAUACUCUUCGGAUUCAUCACUAGAUCCUCAGCUCUACCGACGCUCCACAGGAUCGUUACAGUAUUUAACACUCACGCGUCCAGACAUUGCGUAUAGUGUAAAUCAACUGUCUCAGCACCUGCAUGACCCUCAACCGCAACACUUCUUCAUGCUCAAACGCCUACUACGCUAUAUUCAAGGUACGCUUGCCUUUGGAAUUCCUAUUACUAAAACUAAUCUACAUCUUAAAUCAUUUUCAGAUGCUGAUUGGGCCGGAGAUCCGGAUACGAGAAGAUCAACGUCCGGAUAUUGCUCAUUCCUUGGAGACACCAUUAUUUCCUGGACGGUCACGAAACAGCAUACGGUUGCUCGCUCCUCCACUGAAUCAGAGUAUCGAGCGCUAGCUGCCCUUACAACGGACAUUAUUUGGCUUCGGAGACUACUUUCUGAAUUUGGGAUUGAUCAAACGGAGCCGACGGAAAUCUUUUGUGAUAACACGUCGGCAAUUGCCUUAGCUAACAAUCCUGUCUUCCAUGCCCGAACAAAACACAUCGAAAUUGAUCAGAAAUAUGUCCGGGAACAUCUUCAGCAAAACAAUAUUCGACUUCUUCCUAUCAGCACUGUUGAUCAAACGGCGGAUAUCUUUACUAAAGCUCUAUCAACACCAAGAUUUCUUACACUAAGGAACAAGCUAACUGUCUCUGCCGACCCUUUAGCUUGCGGGGAGAUAUUAAGUGUAUAG